CACAAAGCGCGCUAAAGCAAACAGUCAAAUCUUUGUUGUCACCGACUUUUCAGCUAAAACUUGGGCCCUACAAUGGAAACAUGUGACAGCUUCAGUUUAAUGGUAAUGUACGAGGACGAGUCGGUGGAAGUUCGUUACAGAAACGGAACUCAGGUCCAGCUGGCACCGUGUGGCUGUGAGUUUAUGCUGGUGAAAGCCCCGGACCUUCACGGACAUCAUCCACUGCAGCCCACUGAGCACGUCCGUCAGAGAACCAGGUUCACUAUCAGCAAAUACAAAGAAAUGAUGGUUGCCGCUUUGGCUUUCAGGAAUAAGUAUGCCAGCCGACCGUAUCUGCCAGAAGAACUCAUCCCUGCUGACCACAAGAAGCCAUUUUUCAGCAUUGAAUCAGAUGUUACAUGGCCUGAGUUUUCAUCCGUCGAGACUGAGCUCGGACCUGGAGGCAGCAUCACUGUCAGGUCAGAGGAGGGACGAGCCUGGUUGGAGCUGUCGCCCUCAGGUGAAGACUUCUCCGUGGACUUCGCAUGCGGCUUUAGUCAGCCACCAAAUCACCGUCAGGACAUUCAGAGUUCACACAAGGGUGCUGACUGCAGCUCGGAGAGUCGGCAACAAGCGAGCAGUCUGAUCUGUGACAACGUGGAUGAUCAGAGUAAACCUGUUCAUCAGAGGAGAGGGAGGAGAUCAGAGCCAACACAAACAAAGUCUUGUUCUCAAACGAACAGCACUGCUCAGCUAAAGCCUGAACAGAGGUACCAGUCCACUACAGUGGUGCAGCAUCACUCCUGCUGUGCAGUUCCCCCCUCAUGGAGCUACCCUCUGUCCUUGGCUCGACAUCAGUGGGCAUCUCAUUUCUCUGAAUGUAAAGAAGCAGAAGGAAGCAGCGGUUCUAACCAUUCAGAUAAUAAAGUGAGCGUAUCUAACUCAUCACAUGAGGGAAGAAGGGUUCACCUUCCUCCAGCUUUGCCUCUUACGUGUUCCUCACCUCACUGGCAUAGGUGGAAGUUUAAAGACCCUCUGGUCAAAGAAGAGGAAUCAGACCUUCCAACAGGGCUUGUAAAAAUUGUAUGGUGUCAAGCAGUCACAUACAGAGUACUGAGUGGAGCGGUCCCGGUCAUAGAGAUUUAUCCAGGCGAUGGGUCGGUUAUCAGGUCUAACGGGGUCCUGAACUCUUAUUUCACUCAUCACAAACCUAGACUCCAGGCAGAAGAGGUCAAGGACUUGACGUACCAUUUAAACCGUCUUCCUCCUGACGUACCUGGGCAGGUGUACUCUUUGUACUCUAUUGUCAGUCGGGCAAGUAGAAUCCUUGCUUGCUACAAUCAAGCCAAGCUGAAGUGUCCUGCAACACCAAGCUGCCUGCAAGAGGAUGGACAUUUUUUUAAUUCAACGUUGUCUGAACAAAAUCCAUCAAGUGAUGUGUUUAUGAAGUCACAUGUGGAUUUACCACAAACAGCAGAUAAUCUGUCAAAUCUUGCUGCUGCAGAACUGGAGAAGAUAAAGCGAUUCAACUUUCUGCUGGAGAACAGCCACCUGCUGAGAAUAGAGAGCAAACAGAGAAACUCAAAAGAAAGUUCUCCUGAGAUCACCCCUGACCCAGUAAAUGAGGACUAUGUUGCUGAAGCUCUUCAGAGGACCUCCAAAGCCAUUCAGGACAUUGAUGCUGUCAUAUCUGCAGCAACACUAACCUGAGAAUUCUUAACAUUAGUUUAGGAAAUAAGACAUGCUAGGUAUUAGUUACUGGCUAUCACGGCUCUGCACUGAUAUGUGGACAGAUUUUAAAUUAUAGUGAUUGCUGUAUUUUAGAUCAACAUCCUACCUUUAAAGUUAAAUACAAGCAUAGAUCCAAGCCAUUCUGUGUUUAUUUGUUAUUUAUUGUUUGGUUUGUUUAUUUUUCUGUCAGUAUCAUGCGCGGGAACAAAAUAAAUUCUAUUUCAAAGACAAGUAAUAUUUUUAAGUAACAUAAAAACCCAGAACAAUGGGCACCAGAGACCCCCUAAAUGUGAAAGCUUUGUAACUAUGUGGUUAAAAAAGGAUGCAGGAACUUUGCUAAUGUCACACUAAUGCCAAAAGGUUUAAACAUAUUUGUUUGCAGUGUUCAUAUUUCAGGAAGAAAAAGAAAUUUCAAAAUUUGUGAAGUCACUGAGAUGACAAAUGUUCACAAUUCAAGACAUUUGUGGAGCAGCCUAAUCAAUCAUCUCAACACUGAGCAGGUUAACCUGCACUCCUGUUAUUUGAUGGAUUUUUAUGUGUGGAUGCCAUCUACUGGUGAAACAGGGUAUAGCAGCCUUUGUGUGCAGCAAUCCUUUUCUUUUUCUUAAAACCUCUUUAUGCUUUCCAGUCAUUGCACGUUUCAAGUCAACCAACUUUGCAAAUGUCAGCAAAAUUCUGUCCACAGAUAAAAUUUAAAUCGUUAUAUAAUAUGUUGACACAAAGUGCAUCAAAUUUAUUUAUUAAUUUUUAUUUAUUUACUGUUAUUUUAUUAUUAUACAUUAUAAUGUACGUUAUUCAUACCACUUUCACUUUCUUGUGUAUAUAACUGUUAUGUUGGUUAUUAUUAUGUCUUUAACUUAUUUCCAGAUAUUUUCAGUAUUAACACCAGUCCUAUCUAUGUUUGGUUCACUGUUACUUUCAGUAACACUAAUAGACUGCACACUUUUUGAAUAUAAAGUGACAAUUCAAAUAAGUGAUAUACCUUAUCUACUGUGUUGCCAUUUUGGAUACAUUUUUUAUAAUAAGAGAAUUCAUUAGAGUAAUAAAACUACAAUACAGUUUCUUCUGCUUAAAACAUAUUUUAAAUUCACUAAACCUGAGUAGUUUCAUGUUUAAUAAGUUAUGUACAUGAAAUUAUUACUUUGAUGGGGAAGAGUAUGAAUUUAGUGCAGAGGUUAAAUGUUAGAGAAAAGUUUUAGUUAGUAACAUUUAUUGCAUCUUUAUUCAGGCUUUUUUAUUUGAUGUUUUCAACAGUUUAGAAUAUGUAGUAAACAUGAUGAAAUACACACUGCAAUGCAUCUAAUGUAAUAGAUCUACUCUAUAAUUUUAAAAAUGUUGAUUUUGUGAUUUUGAGUAGUCGUUAACUGGUAAUAAGUAAUUUUAUUUAUAAAUAUUUUGUAUGGUAUUGUGUGAUAGUUUAUUUUGAUGUGAUUUCAAUAAUUUUUUAUGUAAAUGUAGGUUUGUGCAAAUAAAUGUCAGGAAUCAACAAUAAAAUUACAUAUAUUAUUAA